CUCCUCCUGUUAGUCGUAUUAAAAGGCUCCUUCAGCACCUCCUCUCUUCAUCCUACAGAAGCAGUACAGCCACUUUAAGGUUACAAAUUAGAAGUGCAUUCUCAGCUCACACCGAUAACAUGCUGGUGACUCUUUGUGCUCUCAUCACUGCUCUGACAUGUGUGAGUGGUGUGACAGUGGUGACACAGAAACCUGUUCUAUCAGUGAGCAAAGGAGAGACAGCCACCAUGGACUGUAACCUGGGGACUGUUACUGACCAGUCUGCUCGGUGGUAUAAACAGAUUCCAGGAGGAGUUCCUCAGCAUGUAGUGAGGUUUUAUCAUGGCUGGAGUUCUCCAAGCUAUGGCUCUGGGUUCUCUGCUCCAAAAUUCACAUCCACUCAUCAGUCAACAUCAGAUUAUCGUUUGAUCAUCAGCAACGUGGAGGAGGGAGACUCUGCAGUCUAUUACUGUCACACAUGGGAUGACUCUGCUAAAGAGCAUGUAUUCGGACAAGGCACCAAGCUGAUUGUGACAAGCUCCAGCCUCCCUCCUCCUGUCCUGACAGUCUUCCCUCCGUCCAGUGCUGAGCUCCAGUCCAACACAGCUUCUCUGGUCUGUCUGUCCAGUCAGUCUGUGCCUUUUGCAGAUGUGAGCUGGUUGGCUGGUGGGAGUCCAGUGAGCAGUGAGAUCUCUACCAGCACUGCUGUUCAGAGACCAGACCAGACUUACCAAAUCAGCAGCUCUCUGACCAUCCAGACAUCAGACUGGAACAUGGAUAAGGUUUAUACAUGUAAAGUGUCUUUGGGCUCGCAGACUUCAGAGAAAACCAUCAAGAAAUCAGCCUGUAGCACUGACUAGCAGACGGGUCAGAAUCAGCAUUUAAAGUCUGCUCUUCAAUCUUUUGGUAUUUUUUUGUGUGCAUGUGUACAUGUAAGAAAAUACUAGCAGUUAAUGUUUGCUAUGCAUUUAUUCUGCAAAAUGUUAAUAAAAAAUAUUGCAAGUGAA